AUGGAUGAUCUUGAUCCAACUUUCAUCCAAGCACCAGAGCACAGAUCAGAUUCAAAUUUCAUCCCUAACCAACCUGAAGAAAUACCAGUUAUCGAUCUCUCGCGUCUCGGUGACCCUGAAGAUGUCCAAAAUGUGAUCUCGGAGAUCGGUGAUGCAUGUGAAAAAUGGGGAUUUUUUCAGGUGAUCAAUCAUGGCGUGCCUUGCGACGCAAGGGAGCGUGUGGAGGAAACGGUAAAGACGUUUUUCGAUCUGCCUAUGGAAGAGAAAAUCAAGGUGAAGAGAGACGAAGUGAAUCCGGUAGGGUAUCAUGAUGGAGAACACACGAAGAACGUCAGAGAUUGGAAAGAAGUUUUUGAUGUCUAUUUCAAAGAUCCAAUGGUUAUUCCUUCUUCCGCGGAUCCUGAAGACGAAGGUUUAAGAGUUGUUUGCAACAAGUGGCCUCAAUUUCCUUCUGGUUUCAGGGAAGCAUGUGAAGAAUAUGCAACUCACGCAGAAAAACUAGCGUUAAAGCUUUUAGAACUCAUCUCAUUAAGCUUAGGCUUACCGAAAAAGCGUUUUCAUGAUUACUUCAAAGAACAAAUGAGUUUUUUUAGGAUAAAUCAUUACCCACCGUGUCCACGACCUGACCUAGCUUUAGGUGUCGGCCACCACAAAGAUGCAGAUGUCAUAAGUCUAUUGGCUCAAGACGAAGUUGGAGGAUUACAAGUUAGUCGUAGAUCAGACGGUGUUUGGUUUCCAAUUAGACCUGUCCCCAAUGCUCUUGUCAUCAAUAUUGGCAAUUGUAUGGAGAUAUGGACGAAUGAUAAGUAUUGGAGCGCAGAACAUAGAGUGGUGGUUAACACAACAAGAGAAAGAUACUCAAUACCGUUCUUCUUGCUGCCUUCACAUGAUGUAGAAGUGAAGCCAUUCGAAGAGCUUGUUAGUUCUCAAAAUCCUCCAAGAUACAAAGGAUAUAAAUGGGGUAAGUUUUAUGUCAGCAGAAAUAAAAGCGAUUUUAGAAAACUUGAAGUCCAAAACAUUCAAAUCGAUGACUUCAAAGUUGUAACUUAA